GAAGAUAUUACCAUAAAUGGCUGCAUCUGUGCAAAGUCCUCUAGUAGGUAAAAUUCUGGGGAAUCCUAAAGUCAACCCUAUUUAUUACAUUCUCCUACUGAUACGGUCAGAAAGUUCUUUAUUUUAAAACAAACGCAGGCAUCAGCGAAUUUCUAGUACUUCACCUGGUUAGUAUUGUUCCACAGUGUCAGCUCUUUUAGCAAACAAAAAUAAGGGGGAAACAUCCAGGAAAUUAAAGGAAAGGUGUCAAAACAUGGAGGUUAGGAUACUUUCUGUAUUAAAAAAUAGUGUGGUUUCUUUUAUAGUAAAAGCUGAAUUACAAUUGCUUGAACCAACAGUAAGUAGUGGAAGCGUAUUUUGACUUGCCCCUUUUACCGAGUUUGCUCCUGCCUCUAAUCAUCCCUUAAUAAGAUUUGCAUAUUCCUAGAACCCCCUUCAAACAUCUCGUUAUCAGUUUGCUCUUUUUGCGUCUUUUUGUGAAUCAAUUAUGUUUUCCUCCCCUUAUCGUUUACAAAGCUUCUGGUUGAAACUCUUGGACUUUACACUUGAAUCGUUCCUUUAAUCACCCGUCGAUCGGUGUCGUUAGAUCCCUGGUCUUUGAAAUCGUCUCCAUUAUCUCCUGCUCAUUAACAUCCGUGUAUCUGGGGGUUUAACUUACGAGGUGUCCUGUUUGUUUCCUUGUCUUUUGUAUUUAACAGCUAUUGGCCGUAUAUCCAUACACAGGUAGUGGAGUUCGGUUUUGACCUCUAAGCACAGGGACCUUUAAAGUGUUUCUGAACCCGUGUGGUAACAUCAGAGGAGAAAGGACCUCCAAAACCUCAAUACAGGUUGCAGCAUUUCGAUGUUCGUGUACAUGUUUUGCGAACGUUUAUACCUUAUAAUGGGUGCAAGGGUCAGCAGGCGGCAGGGGAAGAUACUCGUGUCAGUUAAGGAGAAAAACUCUUUUCAUACAGACAAGCAUUCAAGUUGUUUGUCCUUUGAGGGAGGUGUGAUACAUAAUGUGAAGAAAACAGCAUUAGGAUGAUGUGUCCUAGAACAGCGUUGUGAUCUAGGGUGAUGGUGACCUAGAUGAAGAUGAAGCAUUUGAUUUCGGGAACUUUCCCUGGCAUCAGCUCUCAUACUCAAUAGCGGUGCUUCUCUAACCCGUCCCGCUUGCUCACUCUCCUUAACAAGUGGGGAAGAGAAGGAAAAUCCCGCCAUGGAUCCUGUGGAAGUGGCAGAUCUUGCACUGCCUUCACAACACAGAGGAAAAUCAGGAGCUGGGUAUGGAGAGCUGGACAAUGACACCCAGAGCAGCGCUUUGUAUGCGGGGAGGGACCCUGCUUCUAGGCUAGGAGAGCAUUUACACUGUACCUUUUGGCUUCGGUUAGGGAUGGACAGUGCAGAGUAAUGUAGCAAACUCCAAAACAGCAGCUCUGCCCCGAAUAAGGCGGCAGAGGAAAUAUUCCCCCUUGCGACGCUGGGUGGGGAUGUUGGCCACGGAGAGGCUGUUUCCUCUGUCUGCACCGGGUUUGCAGAUACAAGGAGACAAAAAAAUCCGUGUGAGCUGCCCGGGAAGGGCGGGGGGACACGGAGCCGGGGUGCUUGGGGGCUUUCAGACCCCCUUACCCCGGAUUUCUAACAAACACCGCUGUCCAUCGGACGCUGCUUAAAAAUGCUGGGGACCACGGAGUACGGCAGAUGGCUUUUCUGGAGACUAAUGGCGUGUGGGAGACGGAGCAGAGGCAGAAAGAGGCAAGUGAUCUUGUUUAUUCUCUGCGUUUGCGUGUGUCAGAGCGGGGCCGAAACCCUCCGCUAUUCUCUGGCGGAGGAAAUGGAGAGGGACUCGUUUGUGGCCAAUAUUUCAAAGGACCUGGGGGUUUCUCCGAGCCAGCUCGCAGCUCGCAAGGCCCGCGUUGUGUCGGAGGGGAACGAGCAGCUUUUCCGCCUCAAUCAAAACACCGGAGUUCUGACGGCCAAGGAGUCGCUGGACCGAGAGGAGAUCUGUCCGCAGAGCGAUACUUGCACGCUGUUCUUUAAGGUAUUCUUUGAAAAUCCGUUGCAGCUGAUCCGAGGGGAGGUGGAGGUUCGUGACGUGAACGACAACUCCCCCGUGUUCCCGCAGAAGGAGAUGGUUUUAGAGAUUCUGGAAACGGCAUCUCCUGGGUCCCGUUUCCCUCUGGAAAGCGCCCAGGACAAGGACGUGGGCAGCAACGGCUUGCAAAACUACAGCCUUGGGUCAAAUUCGCGUUUCUCCCUUGCUCUUGGAACAGGGAAAGGUGGAGCAAAAUACGCGGAGCUCGUCCUAGAGCGGCAGCUGGACCGCGAAGAGCAGCGAGAGCUGAAUUUACUCCUCACCGCCACCGAUGGAGGGUCGCCACCCAGGUCGGGCACGGCUCAGGUCCGCAUCGUGGUGCUGGAUGCCAAUGACAACAACCCGGUCUUUGGUCGGGAGGUCUACGAGGUUCGCCUGGCUGAGAACAGCCCCCCGGGGCAGCUGGUGCUCCGAGUCGCGGCCGCGGAUCCCGACGAAGGUUCCUACGGGAAAGUGCGCUACACCUUCACUCAGACACCGGAGCGGUCCCGGCAGCUCUUCGAGCUGAACCCGGACACCGGGGAGAUACGGGUCGCAGGCAACCUGGACUUCGAGGAAGCGAAAAGCCAUGAGAUGGUGGUGAGAGCCACCGACGGCGGGGGGCUGUCUGCGCAUUGUAAAGUGCAGGUGGAAGUCCUAGACGUGAACGACAACGCCCCGGAGAUAGCGCUCACCUCCCUCACCGCCUCAAUUCCGGAGGACGCCCCUCCCCGCACCGUGGUGGCUCUGUUCAGUGUGCGGGACCGGGACUCCGGAGACAACGGCAGAACGGAGUGCACAAUCGACGGGGACUUGCCUUUCAGCCUCACCCCCACUUUUGAUAAUUACUACGAGCUGAGGACAAAUGCCGCUGUGGACAGGGAGAGGACGGCAGAGUAUAACAUCACCGUCACAGCCAUGGACUGGGGCAUGAUGCGGCUGAGCUCUCGGGAAAGCGUAUUCGUACAGAUAUCCGACGUGAACGACAAUCCCCCAGAGUUCACCCAGGAGAUUUACACCAUGUCGGUCACGGAGAACAACAGCCCCAUGCUCCGAAUCGGCAGCGUGAACGCUACGGAUGCCGAUACGGGAAAAAACGCCCAAGUGAGAUACACGCUGGUGCAGCAGGAGGGCAAGGAACAGCCCGAAGUGUCGGUCAACUCUGAAAACGGGGACGUUUACAUUCUCCGCCAGCUGGACUAUGAGGAGGUGCGCGCCUUCGAGGUGGCGGUGCGAGCUGCCGAUAGUGGCUCCCCGCCGCUCAGCGCCCAGGCACUGCUGCGCGUGAUAGUGCGGGACGAGAACGAUAACGCGCCCGUCGUGCUGUACCCGUCCCCUGACAACAGAGCGGCGGCUGGCGAGCUGGUGCCGCUCUGGGCACCGACGGGCUACCUGGUGGCCAAGGUGGUGGCGGUGGACGCGGACGCGGGGCAGAACGCGUGGCUGUCGUAUGAGCUAGCUAAGGCGACCGAGCCGGCGUUGUUCCGCGUGGGGCUGCACAGCGGCGAGGUGCGCACGGCGCGACCAGUGGCAGAACGCGAUACGCCCCGGCAGAGGCUCGUUGUGCUGGUGCGAGACCGCGGGCAGCCGCCGCGCUCUGCCACUGUCACUCUCGGCAUCGUCCUAGUGGACGGCUUCUCCGAAGCGCAUUUGCGGGUGAGCGAGGAGGCGCCGGCCGCCGAGCCCGACGGGCCGUUGACCUUGUACCUCAUCGCCUCCCUGGCCUGUGUGUCGGCGCUGUUCCUGGCCACCGCGGUGGCCACCGUGGUGGCGAAAGUGCGGCAGGCCAGGCGGAGCGAGGCGGAGACCUUGCCCACAUUCCCCCAGGCUGCCACGGAGAGCGACGCGGGCUCCCUGCCCCGCUACGUGUACGACGUCUGCUUCGCCGCCGGGACCGUCAACAGCGAGUUUCGAUUCCUCAGGCCCCUCUUUCCCUGCUUCCCCGCCGGGCUGCCCCCCGGCCCGGGUGAACAGCGGAGCUCGGUGUGCUCGCAAGAGGCGGCCAACCUCGGGGCAGAAGGCGACUGGGCUACACAGGGUGGAACUCCCCUCUCUGAAGACACGGUUCGCAGAGCUGCAGAAGCAGCUUGCACUGCAGACAGGGGAAUGGAGCUAAAUGUCAGUUCUGGUCAAAACCCUUGGCUCACCCAUCAGUAAAUGAAGAAUAAGACAAGCAUGUCUGUCCUCACCGGCUAACGUCCUCACAGUGAAAAGAGGACGAAGAGACCAAACACCCAUAAAAAGGGACCAGGGAGUUACAAAGUUUCUCUGUGAGGGAGUAAAAACUCCUCUUCAGCAGUACUUUAUUCAUGUAGGUAUUUUGUAAUUGUGAUAUGGAUGGAGGAGGAGGACUGUGUUGCAUGUUGAUUACACAGAGGCUUGAUGUAUGGUUGUGAGAGUAUCACUUCUUCUAAAUGUUAACGGAAGUACUAAAAACUGGAAAUAGACCUUCAAGAUAACAUAUUAAUUUUCUUCCUACGUCACUUUUUUUGCCUUUUUAAAAAACUUAUUAUUAUUUUUCCUUGUGAAGAGGGCUGUGUAAUAAUGUCUUAACUUUCUGCAGUUUGUUCAAUGCCAGGCCAAACAGAUGUUAAGCAAAAUUAAGUGGUGUUUGCAAAGGAAAUCCUUAGUAACAAGUAGAAGCUGAUUACAUUUGAAACAGCUGAUAUCGGCACACUUAGCAUAUUUGACCAGGAGUUUACAGGUUCUCCAUAAUGUAAAGAGUGGGCUUUGAGCAAUAGCGUUUGGUUUGUUUGGGUUUUUUUUUUUUUUUGGUUGGUUGGUUUGUUGUUUGGGUUUGGUUUUUUUUUGUGGUUUGUUUAUUGAAAUGUACAUUUCAGGAUUUUUGAGCAUAAAGGUGGUAGAGAAUUAAAAGUACUGUUUGUGGUUUUACAGUAAAGCAGGAUAAACCAUUCACAAUAAAGGCACUGUAGAAUAUAGAACGUCAAGAAGCUUUCUGUUUAAUUACAUUGUGUUCAUCUAUAAAGAGGUGUUUCCUGUCGCUCACACAUUGUUAAGAGUCUAAUGCCUGGUGACAGAAAAAAAUAAAACCUACUUGGAACUCCGUU